ACUUCUAUACUUCCGGUGGCUUCAAGCCUCCAAUGUGCGGCAAGUGAUCGGGGCCAUUCCAGUUAUAGAGUUCAGUGGUUUCUCCUAGAGUGUAGUCAACGAUCCUGUUAAAUCACGCAUGAGCUCAUCUCAUUUUACAACAAUUAAAAUACAACCAACCAUUUCUAGAUUAAGCGGUGUCAACAGGGAAAGGCAAGACUGUAAAGCUGUUUUAAACCGCAUCCGACGGGCCGAACUUUGUCCUUCGCGGACACCAUGUCUCCUCAAGUCCGACUCAUGCUGCUUCCCAGCGCCAGGUGUUUGUUUGACGAGCCCAUCCAGGUGAAGGUGGACGGCCUGAGGCCCAGGCAGGUGGUCACCAUGAGGGCAAAGGCGAAAGACGAGAGAGGGGUGGUCUUCCAAUCCUCGGCCAUCUACAGAGCCGACAUGGGGGGUGCGGUCGACUUGCAGAGGGACCCGGCUCUGUGUGGGAGCUACGUGGGCGUGGAGCCCAUGGGCCUGCUAUGGUCCAUGAAGGCCGACAUGCCGCAUAAAUACUUCCACUGGAGCCUGGCGCUGAAUCCUCACAUGGUCAAGUUCUCUGUGCAUGACGGCGUAGCAGAGGACGAUGAGGAGGGUGGGGCUCUAGCAGAGGCAACCAAUGAGAGGUGUCUAAUUGCGGACGGGGUCAGCCGGGUUGUCGUCAAACAGGGGACAUUUAGUGGUGUUUUGUUCACUCCUCCAGGCGAAGGUCCCUUCCCGGGUGUGCUGGAUUUGUGCACCUUCAUGUCUGAGAAGCGAGCCAGUCUGUUGGCCAACAAAGGCUUCAUGGUUCUGACCAUUGCUGUGUUCAACGACAAACCCGUCAACAUCAAACACUUAAACCUGGAUUACUUUGAGGAAGCCGUCCAAUUCUUACAACAACAACCCAAGGUGGGCGGUAAAGGAAUCGGUGUGAUAUCGAGGUCCAAAGGAGGAGACAUCGGUCUGUCGCUGUCGUCUUUUACCUCCGGCGUGGAGGCAGUGGUCUGGAUCAAUGGCUGCAGCGCAAACAUUGGCUUUCCUCUCCACUACAAGAACCGCGAAGUGCUCUCUGUCUUGGGGUCCAACGUGAGCAAGUUGUUGCCCACCCCAUCUGGCGCCAGCAUCGUCAAGUUUGCUGUGGGUGAUCCCGAAACCAAGGAAAACCAGGGCAGUGUGGUGCCCAUCGAAAAAGCCAAGGCACAUUUUCUCUUUGUGGCCUCGGAGGACGACCUCAACUGGGAUAGCAAGGCCUUCAUGGAGGGUAUGGCGCAGCGACUGAAGCGUGAGGGGAAGAAGAACUUUGAGACCGUGUGCUACCCGAGAGCCGGACACCUGCUGGAGCCGCCCUAUGGCCCUUACUGCCAUGCAGGACUACACGGGAUGCUCCGAGCACCCGUCCUGUGGGGGGGUGAGCCCAAAGCCCACAUUGAUGCCGAGGUCCACUUGUGGAAGAAGAUUGAGAACUUUUUCAGAACUCGGCUGACCUCCAAAUUAUAGAUUAAUUAAGUUUGAUUGGAAGAACUGAAGGACAAUCAAAAAAAAUUGUGACUUAAAAGUCAAAUUAGUAUGUGAUCACUGAAUGUACAACAUUUUAUUGAAAAUAAUUAGUUUUAAAUGAGUUAAGUGCAAUGUUGCGAGCCAGUUGUUUAUAUCCAUGUAACUUAUAUUUUAUAAAUAGCUUGGUCAAAUGUGAUUUUUUACCGUUAACAAUUAAA